AUGCACAUGUACAGCAGCUGGCGGAAACGGGACGCGGAUGGCGUAGCGGGCGAUGGGAUCAACGGAUCCGAUUGUUUUGUCAAUUGCAUGGCGGCGACGACACUUCCUGUGGAAUGGCAAAAAACUUCUGUAGACUGGCACUGGUCUGCAGAGCAACCACAUGUUGGGAACAUUGUUUCAACCCUUGUGCUGCAAAAAGCAGUAUUUGCCUCCCUGCCUAGGACGCAGCGAGGUACUCCUAUUGUAUUGGGUGGUGAUCCGAAGGGAGAAAAUUUCGUCUACACAAACGGAAACAGCGUUAUCAUCCGUAGUAUUACGAAUCCUGCGUCGGCUGAUGUUUACACGGAACAUUCGACGGCCGUGGUUGUUGCGAAAUAUUCGCCAAGUCGAUUCUACAUUGCAUCUGCUGACCAGAGUGGCAAAGUUCGCAUUUGGGACACUGUGAACAAGGAACACAUUCUGAAAGCAGAAUAUCAGCCAAUUGUGGGCGUCAUUAAGGACCUUGCAUGGAGUAAUGAUAGUCAAAGGAUUGUCAUCGUCGGUGAAGGUCGAGAGCGAUUCGGGCACGUGUUUAUGGCGGACACUGGCACCUCCGUGGGAGAAAUUUCUGGACACGGACGCCCAAUAAACUCUUGCGACUUCAAAUCUUCACGUCCUUUCCGCAUCGCCACAGGGAGUGAGGACAAUUGUGUGGGGAUUUUCGAAGGACCUCCGUUCAAGUUCAAGAUGACGAAGCAAGAUCACGCCAAGUACGUACAAUGCGUGCGAUAUUCUCCAAAUGGGGAGCUACUUGCGAGCGGAGGAUUCGACGGGAAACUCUUUCUGUACGAUGCAAAAACGUCGGAACUUGUGGGGCAAAUUGGCGAUCCUGCUCACAAGGGUGGAAUUUACGGGCUGUGUUGGAGUCCCGAUAGCAAGCAAUUGCUCACAGCUUCCGGUGACAAAACGUGUCGAAUCUGGGACGUGGCGACGAAACAAAGCGUGGCGGAGUUCGUGAUGGGAGAUUCGGUGGACGACCAGCAAGUUUCUUGCUUAUGGCAAGGCGAACAUUUGCUCACAGUGUCGCUGAGCGGUUUCAUUACUUACCUGAAUGUCAAUGAUCCGAGAGAAAACGAACGCAUUAGUGGACAAGGACACGGUAAUCAGGUCAAUGACCUAACAGUUACGGCUUCCGGAAAAGUGAUAAGUUGCGGGAUAGACGACAGCUUGCGAGGGAUCGACCCGUCUUCGAAUAAUUACGACCCUGGACUGCACACGCCGUUGGGUUCGCAGCCCCGGGGAGUGGCGGCUGUCUUGGCGGAUGCUGGUGCUGGGGACGCCGGCAUUACUGUUGUGGCAGCUUGCGUGGACCAAGUCGCCGUUGUCCGCGGCGGCAGAAAGAUUGCGUCGCUUCCGAUCGAUUACGAAGGGCUGUCUGUCGCAAUCGGACCAAUCGAAUCUGGAGACGUGGUUGUAGGUGGUCAGGAUAACAAGGUUCACAUUUACUCACUCUCAAAGGAUGGCACUAUUUUGACCCCGAAGAAAGAAUUGGAACACCUGGGUGCGGUUGUUGAUUUGCAUUUCUCUCCGGAUGGUCAGUUCCUCGCCACUGCCGAUUCCUAUAGGAAAGUCAUGGUUUAUCGUCUUCCAGAUUAUUCCUUGGCUCAUAAGAGUGACUGGGGCUUCCACACUGCCAAAGUGAACUGCGUUGCUUGGAGCCCGAACUCGGCGCGUGUCGCGUCUGGAAGUCUGGACACGUCCAUCAUGAUAUGGAGCAUGGACAAACCGAGCAAGCAUUACGAGAUCAAAAAUGCCCAUGCGAUGAGUCAGAUCGUGAAGGUCGCUUGGAUCGACGAUGUCACUUUGGUCUCAGUUGGCCAAGAUAGCAAUACGAAGCUUUGGAAUAUCCCUGCCGAUCUCAUUUGUGGGACCCUGCAUUCUGUGGAUCAGUAUCUGAACAUCAAGUUGACAGACAUCAGCGUAACUGAUCCUGAGAAGUACCCGCAUAUGAUUUUGAUCGUUGCAGCAGCAGCGCUUUAUCAAAGUAAAGAUAAAGGGAAGGAGGCAGUUUCAACAAUGAUGUACCAAUUCAUGGGCUUGGAAAAAUUGAUGGAAUAUCUUGCUAGGUUGUUGGAACCAUUUUUCCGGCUUUUUCGGUGGCUGACAUUUUUUCGCGAUCCGUCCAUUGGAAAUAAGAACGUUGACCCGUCGAAGCUUGAGAUCAAUGUUCGAAAUCCGGGUGGAAAGUGUUUGCUCACGACUAUUGACAAGAGUAGCAGCGUUGCAGAAAUGAAGAAAGAACUUGCCCCGCGGUUAUGUCCACCUGCCGGGGAUCCUGAGACGAUCCGAGUGAUUUUCGCCGGGAAAGAACUUCCUGACCAGCUCACGCUAGAAGAAUGCGAUUUCGGACCGAAAACAGUGAUACACGUUGUCUUUGGUAAGGGCGCCGGUAAGCCUGCGGAUCAUACCGAAGUAUCUCCGAAACUGUUGCCAGAGAUUUUAGCAACGUCUCUUGCUGAACCACCUUCGAUUCGUGGUGAAGAUGAAGUAUCUGUUGGUGACGUUUCUUCAGAGAAACUCGAUCCUGUGCAAUCCGAGGAAGAAGUGAAUUCUAGUUCGGUUUCUUCGGAUGUUCAAGUCGAAAAACGGAGAGUUAACACGUUCUUUGUUCUCUGUUCUUGGCGUGCGUGUGCCGGGAAGCUGCGAGUCCGAUGUGAUGUAUGUAAAGAAGGUGCUAUCACGGUCUUGAGGGAGCCGGAAUCCUGGCAGGACGUAUUGAUUCGUGGACGCGUUCACGGCAUUUGCGAAAAUUCCGAGUGUAAUCCCGGUCAAAGUCAAGAACAAGUUGUGGAGUUCUUCUUCAAGUGUGCGGAACACGGGGACGCAGAUGUUGUUCCAUUGCCUUUGGUGCGUGACAACACCCGAGACGUGCCGUGUUUGGCGUGUACUAGUGUUGAGAAUCCCGUGCUUGUGUUUUCCUGUGCCCUGGGGCACGUGGUGUGUCUCGAGUGUUUCGUAAUGUAUUGUAGCACGCGGCUCAACGACCGGCAGUUCGUAGUGAGAGAUGACGGAUAUUCUGUCGGAUGUCCGGUGGGUUGCGGUAAUUCCUGGCUCGAUCGACCGCAGUACUUCAAACUCUUGGGCAAAGAGCUGUACUCGAGGUAUCAGACGUUUGCCGCGGAAGAUUUCGUUCUGCGCUCUGGCGGAGUUCUGUGCCCUCAACCUGGCUGCGGAAUGGGAAUCCUUUUACCCGAGGGCUGUGGGGACUUCCGUCGUAUCGUCUGCGAUCGUGAAGGCGGCUGUGGAUACGUGUUCUGCCGCGAUUGUCUUUCCGGCUAUCACAUUGGUCCAUGUCUGUCAUCCGCCUCCUCUGCAACGGCGGCGGCUACCACUGGAGCUGGCGAUGCGCAUCGGUCGACUCAGUCAUCAUUUGGUAUUGCGGCGGAUCGCGUUGGAGCGGCGACGUGGGACGCGGACGCCAAGACGGUGCGGCUUUUAUCGAAACCGUGUCCGAGUUGUCGCGUGGCGACCGAGCGUGAUGGCGGCUGCAUGCACAUGACUUGUCGUUGCGGAUAUAAUUGGUGCUGGGUUUGUCAAACCGAAUGGACUCGGGAUUGCAUGGCGUCUCAUUGGUUCCUGUAAUCUCAUUCGGGACGAGGAGCACUCGGUGUGUGUCGUUUUUGUCACCGAGGAAAAAUUAAUUUCUCAGGCUACUGAUUUCAAGUAGAAAAUUGUUCUCCGCGUUAACGCCCGACAUCCUUGACUCCAUUAAUUUCUUUGAAUUUAUUCUAGUGUCAUUCAGGAUUUUUUUAAAGUUUCAUCUUGCCCUUGUUCGCUUGGGUAUUCUGGAUAAAAUUAUGAAUCGGUGUUACAGGAUAAGUGUUACAGGAUAAGUAAAUGUAGGUCUGUUCGGUGAGUUUACCGGAUUUGCAAUAAGCUAUUUAUUUUUUCAGGGAAGUUCUCGCGAUUUUCGAAUGCGGCCUAUAUUCAAGAUAUGGACUGUAGUCUCAUGUAUGCGUCUGUAGUCUCUCUCCGUGCUUUUCACUAGGUUGAGGAAAUAUCCACCACAAAGAUUAUCUGUGGCGUCCAGAAGUUGCCUCACUUCUUGCUUCUUGGGAUGAUGCUUCAUGACGAAAUCUUGGACUCUUUCCCAGUCUUACAAGCAUUCCUUUAUGUCAGCAUUUUUUGAGGGAAACCUCAUGUGUUUCAGGCAAUCCAUGUGCUUCCUCUUCUUUCAUAGAAGCCAUUUCCCUCAGAUCCUCCACACUCAGGUCUUCACCAUUUUCUUCGAUCAGUUCUGUUAGAUCUUCUUCAUCCACAUCCAUGUUUAGAUUUCUGACAGUGGCAACAAUUUCAGUAAGAAUUUCCUUUUCAUCUUCUCCAUCAAUUACAGAUUGGCAGGCUCUUGGCAUCAGAUGCUUCCAAGUAGAGUUGAGGGUUCUUUUAGUGAACUUCCAUGCGCUUGUGAUGAGAAGGAUGCUUUCCACAAUGGUGAAGUUUUUCUUCCAAAAAGUUGUCACAGUCACUUGAUCCUUGCUCAGCUGGCACUGGUCAAACAGCAUGUCAAGAAGAAGCUUUGUGUAUUGCUUCUUGAAGUUGGCAAUCACCAUCUGAUCCAUGGGUGUUGGAUAGUGGUGGUGUUUGGAGACAUGAAUUCAAUCUGAGGAAAAAACAAAGUUGAAGAAAGAUUACAGACCUCAUUUUGUACACAUCUCAUUCACACUUCCAAGAAUCAGAUCAGGACUGAGAAGGCAAAAUCACUCUGAUCCAACUGUUGGCUGGCUUCAAAGCUUGGCAAGUAGGGUGGCCAAGGGCAUUUUCCAAUAGCAGAAGUGCCUUCACCUCCAUGUUGUUAUUCUGAAGGAAUCUCUUGACUUCAAGAGCAAACACAUCAUUCAGCCACUCUGUGAAUACAUCUGUAGU